CCGAACAAGCAAAUGGAAAAAGGCAGAGGUCAAUUUAGUGACAUCUCCAAGAAGACACCACAGCUCACCAAAAUCCAGAUCCGAGGGUUCUUCUAUCUCCGUCGGCCAUGGCGAUGGUCGGAGGCGGAGGCUGCGCCGCCCCCGGCGCGGCGGCGGGGCCCGGGGAGGUGGAGGCCGGGUUCGCGAAGCUCCAGGGGGAGGACUUCGAGUACUACAUGCAGACCUACUCGAUCAUGCUGGGCCGCAACAGCAAGAAGUCGGCGGUGGACGUUGACUUAUCGAGCCUUGGCGGCGGCAUGAACAUCUCUCGCCACCAUGCCCGCAUAUUCUACGAUUUCCAGCGCCGCCGCUUCGCCCUCGACGUCAUCGGCAAGAAUGGCUGCCUCGUCGAGGGCGUCCUCCACCUCCCCGGCAACCCCCCUGUCAAGCUCGACUCCCAGGACCUCCUCCAGAUUGGCGACAAGCGCUUCUACUUCCUCCUUCCCACCCGCUCCAUCUUCGCCUCCGCCGCCGCCGCCCGCCACGCGCCGCCGCCGCCCCUCCUCCCUCCUCCCGGUGCCGGUGCCGUGCCACCACCCUUCUCCCGAAAGGGCCGCCCCCGCCCGUCUGAAUUCCGCGACGGCUCGUACGACGACGACGACGACGAUCAGGAAGAGGAGGAGGAGGAUGGGGUGGAUGAUGGCGUGGGACAUGUCGGCAUCGCGGGGAAGAAGAUUAGAAGGAGGGGUUCUUCUGGAGAUAUGGAGGGCUUUGCAGGAUAUGGAUCCGGAGCUGCGCUUCCUGGGAAGGCGGGACAUUCUUCGGGACAAUUGGAGAAAAAGUCGGAUACAAGAUCAAGGGCUGACAGGGAAGCAGAUAAUCAUCAACUCUUGCAAUUAGAAGAGAAAGAUGUUGUUUCAUCUGUAGCCACAGUACUGUCUGAUCUUUGUGGCCCUGGAGAGUGGAUGCCUAUGGCAAAACUUCAUGCAGAGCUCGUUGAACAGUAUGGCAACAUAUGGCACCACAGUAGGGUUAGAAGAUAUCUGUCGUCUGAGGACUGGCCACCAAAUGAAACCAAAGGCAGGCCAUGGUUUGGCCUGCUGACGCUGCUUCGGAAAUACCCGGAGCAUUUUGUGAUCAACACGAGGUCGAAAGGGAGAGUGACCUCGGAGUUUGUCUCAUUAGUUUCCUUGCUCUCGUAAGCAUCACGUGAUUGUAUGAAUCAUCAAAACAGCAACAGCAACUUGUUUCAGUACUCUAUGAUCUGUAUUGUACCUUUUAUUUAUAAAUAUAGAACAUCUGAUGGAUCCACCAUGUUGGUUCA